AUGUCUGACUGGAAAGUUAAUCCUGAUAAUCGUAGACGUCUUUUACAGCUGCAAAAAGUUGGGGCAAACAAAAAAUGUGUCGAUUGUAAUGCACCAAAUCCACAAUGGGCUUCACCAAAAUUCGGUAUUUUCAUUUGUUUAGAGUGUGCAGGCACUCAUAGAAGCUUAGGGGUUCAUAUAUCCUUUGUGAGAUCUAUUACUAUGGAUCAAUUCAAACCGGAAGAACUGAUUAGAAUGGAAAAAGGUGGUAACGAACCCUUCAACGAAUACAUGUCAUCUCACGGUAUUGAUUUGAAGUUGCCACAGAAGAUUAAAUACGACAACCCAAUUGCCGAAGAUUAUAAGGAAAAAUUGACUUGUGAAGUGGAAGGUAAAGAAUUUUCUGAACCAAGUCACCCAGAUUUUGAUCCAUCAAAGUUGAACGAAAAUUCGAUGACAGACUUUGAUACCACCGAAGCGAAAUCGGCUGCAAUCAAUAAGAGUCGAUCUGAAACUCCAUUGGAGAAUCGUCGCUCUCAAACACCAAAAGUUGCACCUGCUCAAAAGGAGAAGAAUGAAGCAUAUUUUGCUGAGCUGGGCAGACAAAACCAAGAGAAACCUGCUAAUUUACCCCCAUCUCAAGGUGGUAAAUACCAAGGCUUUGGAAGUACACCAGUAAAUAAUGGUAAUAGUUCCAAUACCACGUCGAAUAACACUUUGAGUAUGGAAAAUUUCCAAAAUGAUCCACUUGGUACUUUUACAAAGGGUUGGAGCAUGUUUUCCAGUGCUGUUACUAAAUCCAUUGAAGACGUUAACGAAUCCGUCAUCAAGCCAGGUGUUCAACAGUGGCAAUCUGGAGAACUUUCUGAAGAAACAAAGAGAGCUGCUGCUCAAUUUGGUCAAAAAUUUCAAGAAACAAGUAAUUAUGGUAAGCAAGCUUUCUCCAGUUUCACCAAAAACUUACAAGAACAAUACUACAACAACUAUGGUAAUCCCAACGAAGCUGGUCAUUCGAAUGAUAUUGCCAAUUCAAAAAAUUCGAACACUGCACAUGAAACUGAGGAUAAUUGGGAUGAUUUUUGA